GCAGUAGUUUGCAGAGAAGCUGAAACACGGUAGUGUACCGUUGGGCAGGACCAGUAAGGAAUGAGCCAGCCUUGGGAAGGAGGACCUGCCAUCCUAGCUGGAGACAUCUGAAGAGAGGACAAUUUAGUCUUGUGGCAUGCUUCAGUAGAAAUUAUUCAGCAAAAGAUGGCUGGCUGUGGUGAAAUAGAUCAUUCGAUCAACAUGCUUCCCACAAAUAGGAAGACAAAUGAGUCGUGUGCUAACGCAGCACCUUCCCUGACAGUCCCCGAAUGUGCUAUCUGUCUGCAAACAUGUGUCCAUCCAGUAAGUCUGCCUUGUAAACAUGUUUUCUGCUAUCUGUGUGUGAAGGGAGCUUCUUGGCUUGGGAAGCGAUGUGCACUCUGCCGGCAGGAGAUUCCAGAGGAUUUUCUUGACAAGCCAACAUUAUUGUCACCAGAAGAACUCAAAGCGGCAAGCAGAGGCAAUGGAGAAUAUGCCUGGUACUAUGAAGGUAGAAAUGGUUGGUGGCAGUAUGAUGAACGUACCAGCAGAGAGCUGGAAGAUGCCUUUUCCAAGGGUAAAAAGAGCACCGAAAUGCUAAUCGCUGGGUUUUUAUAUGUAGCAGAUCUUGAAAAUAUGGUUCAGUAUAGGAGAAAUGAGCACGGACGCCGCAGAAAAAUAAAACGGGACAUCAUAGAUAUACCAAAGAAGGGAGUGGCUGGGCUGAGGUUGGACUGUGAGGCUAACACUGUCAACCUGGCAAGAGAGAGCUCCGCUGAUGGUGCAGACAGCACACCGACCCCAGGGGCUGCGGCUGUGCAGCCUCUGGCAUCCAUCCCUGCGAGGCCCCUGCCGUCACUAGAUGGUCAGCUGAUGAGUCCUUCAACGCCAUCGCCUGAUGCAAGCAAUUCCCUAGAGAACUCUUUUGCCCACUUGCAAAUAAACGGAGACAGUAUGGCUGAAAGGAGUCAUAGGGGAGAGGGAGAAGAAGACCACGAAUCGUCAUCUUCUGGGAGGGUGCCAGCCCCCGACACCUCCGUUGAGGAGACCGAAUCGGAUGCUAGCAGCGAUAGCGAGGAUGUGUCUGCCCACCUUCAGCAACGCCCGUCGUCUGUCCAGCAGAGACACUUGAGUGCAAACGCAAGCCAGGCAGGAGCGGAUAGACCAGUGGCAGGAGGCGGGGUGGUAAACUCAAGUGUAAGAUCUAGAAGGCCAGAUGGACAGUGCACAGUCACUGAAGUUUAAAUCAAGAGCCAUGCGAUUAAAAACUCGGUCCUGUAUCUGUAAAUUUUCUGUCCACAUUGGCAUUGCACUCAAACCUAGCAGUGUGUUUGGUGGGAGGGUGGGGUGAAGGGGAGAAACAGAUUUGGCCUGUUUAACUUAAGUCUCUUAACAUGUCUCAGCUGGAAGACUCUAACUGUAGGAAACUGGGUUGUCCUGUUAAUGGUUUGAAAGCUGCUUAGCAAUACCCAGUUUUCUUGAAAAUGUCUUGUGUUUAUUUUGUAGCAUUUUCCCCUUGGAAAUACUCGAUCCCUUUUUGGCCAAUGUAUAUCUACUGUACAACUUGAAUUGUCUUCAUUAUCUGACUGUUGCAUUAAGUGUCUUACUACUUUCUGCAUGGAUUGAUGUAUGAAAAGAACACUAAAGCAAUGUGGGAGCAGGCAAGAUGUUGGGUGUGAGCAGGGUGCUUAAUUUAAUGUGAGAAAAUAGAUGUGAGUUUGGAGUUAAAAGUGUGUUUUUACUAGACAAGAGCAAUCAUUUACCUUCCUUCAAUGGAAAUGUAAAAAUGCUGUUAACUUUUGUUGCAAAUUCUUACCUAUAAACUCUUCAUGGCAUUUUCACUAGCUUUGCCAUCUAGUCCUUGUAGUUUUGUUUUUGAGGUCUUUCUUGAUCUGUCUUGUUUUUGUUACGGAAUUUAUAAUUUAAUAAAACUACAUUUUAUCAGUAACAAU